AUGGCUUUUUGCAGAAUUGAUGACAAAAGACCAUCUCGCCACAGCAGUGGUGUUAAAUGUCGCAGAGUGAAAAAAGGUAUGCCCAAAAACCUAAAACGUGCAUUUAAGCGUUGCCUAUGGAAUAAUCCGUUAUAAUACCACGCAAGACACAUAAAUAGCAACUACACCUAGGUGUAGAGGUAGCAAAAUUGAUCCUAUUACUAAAAGCAUCAAACCUUCUAAUCAUACUGUGAGUGAUUAUAAGAAGACUGAUUUGAGGCUUUAUUGUAUAUGACCCUCUCAUGAAAUGAAUGUCAUCACUAUUCGUGUACCUAUGAAAUUUUGUAUUGUAGAGUUCCUUUACUUUUGAAUUAGGCAAAAAUCUAAAAUAAGUUAAGUAAUGAAUUAACUUUUAAGCAAAAUAGAUACCUUGAAAGCGGUGCAUUAGACGCACGUAAACCACUGGAAUUACGUAUACGAAAAUUGUGCCCAUUUUUAACAGAACAAACGAUACAACCCUCCAUCUACGAUCGCCUUUGUACAUGUUAGUGGUUCAAGAAAAUGAAACCAGUUACAAAUUUUACAUCUUUUUCAUGAAAAGUUUUCCUUAACAGUCAAGUAGUAACCUGAAUUCUCGCAACAUUAUUUUACGAAUAAAAUACUUUUCGAACCUUGAUUAAAACACCGUUUACUUUGAAAAACCUAUCCACGCUUUUAAGAAUAUAAUUUAAAUCGCCAUAAUUAGCAUAACUGAAAGGAGAGAACUAAAAAAAACAUUACGGGAAGAUUUUAAGAUGAAUUAUCCAAGGGUUCAAAAAAUACAACUCAUUUCAAGCGACAUAAAUUACGGUACUACAAGCUCAUUAGUUUUCACAUAUAUUUUUACAUUGGUGUUUCGAUGGAAUAAUAGAUGGCGCAGAUUCCUUUAAAUAGAAUGAUAGAAGGCAUUAUUGCGAUCCUUCUAGAAAAACAGAACUGGCUCCCAAAAUUCAAAGUUUGACAAAUCAAGAAUGAAAUUAUAUUGUUCGACUGUGGAAGGGAAAUAACCGUAAGUCUGUAAAUUAAAAGCCGGUUUGACUUGGGGAGGAAAAUAAACGUAAGUCUGUAAAUUAAGCGCCGCUCUGAAGACCCAGUAUUCUACUGUAGAUGACGAGUGGUAUAAACUAAAGGGCAGAACAACGACCGAUGUUUUACAAAGACGACAUGGCUUCUAAGAUACUUUUUCUAAUCCACUUCGUUUAAUUUUAUUGGCCAUUUCUAUUGUUGAUCUCCUUCACUCUGAAAUAAAUUACUUGAAGGGAGUAGUUUAAUCGAGGUUAAAUGCAUGUGCCACAGGUAAGUAUCGCUCAGAAGCUUUCAUUGUAGUGAUACCAGUAUACGAGUAUAAAAAUAGUUAUUGUAAAAUAGUCAUUGUUUCAAAGUAUAGUAAACAUCAUUUUUAGUUUCACACCUUAAAGGAGGUUAAAUUUCGUUAAAGGUUUUCAUUAGUGAGACAGUAUCUUGCAUGUAAGUUCUGAAAGAACCACUGAACAACCGUGAAUAAACAUAGACCAAGGAAUUUAAACUUCAACUGCUGAGGCUACUGCGGCAGAUUUGCAAUUUUUAAAGAUCGUAUCUGCUGAUCUAAGUGUCUAUGUAUGCUUGUGUUCUUCUUAGGGGUUUUGAGUCGUAAUUGUUGAUUUGUAGACUAAAUGGAAAAAAAAUUGUCGUGGUUAACAUAUCUCACACCACUGAGUUUGGCCAUAAAAUUAUUAUUGUUAUUAUUAUUAUUUUCAAAAUAAAAAGAAAGGUCAAAAACAUACAACGAAGAAGGACAGAAAAUUAAAUGCAUUAAAAUAAUUCCGCUUAAACAGAAAGCACCAUCAGAACAAUUUGUCAAAGUCAAAAGCUAUUCAAACAACUAAAUAUUUAAUAACAAGUCCCAUCCAAGUGAACAUAAAGAAAAAGAAAAAAAAAGGAAAAAUGCUUAACUAUGCUAGACACGUACGAAAGAUACGAAAGAAAUUAUGCCAGGUCUUUGCUGUACAAAGUAAAGGGGCCGUCUUCAAUGUUUUCUCCUAACUUAAAGUACUUUUGAGUUUUAAUUAAUCGCUGUUCAAACAACUUUCCUUUCAUUUGUCUUAAUUGGACUUACUGUUGACAAAACGGACCAGCACAAUUUCGGGCAUUAAUUAUCAUGGUCCGUUUGAACGUUCGGUUGUACUAUUUUCCUUUUUAUAUGUAACUUAGGAAUUAAGGAUUCUGCAGCCCUCUAAUAACAAUUUUUCAAUUGCAAUUUAUUGUAAUUUGGAGAAAACAAUUACAAAUAUUUCCCCCGCCAUUGUGUAAUCUUAUGGUCACCAAGGUACAAUAAACCUUCGUCGUUUCUCAAACUCAAUUUCAUUUUUUUGUAGCUGGGACGUAAGUUUGAAGUAAAUGUGGUUGAGACGAUUCUCUUUCAAAUUGCGAUUUUAGAAAACGGGGAAAAAGAAUGAAUAACAAUUGCACGAAAUCUCUGUUUAAAACCAUCUUGCAGUCUUGUUCGGUUGAGAAACCAUAAUAAAAAGCACUUCAUUUGAGUGUCAAUGUAUUUAGCACGAAAGCACUCAUUGGGGAAACUAUUUACGUCUCCUACUGAAGACGGGACCGCCAUUUUACAUGGUCAUCCGAGCCACGCGAAGGUCUAGCUAUUUGCAGGGCAAAGGCAGUCAUUUCAUUUCAUUUCUCAGUCAUUUUGAGACCCUGAGUAUUGGUCCAGUCCCGAGAAUCGAACCCGCGACCUCCCGCUCUGCAGUCAAUCGCUCUACCGAGUGAGCUAAUCCUGCCGCGGUUAAAGCGGUUUUUAAAGAGGUUUUCAACUUCUUUUAGGUCGAAAUCUCUCUUGUGGGAAAUUUCAAUGAACCAUGUCUCGCAGUCAUUCUACAAGACGUGACAUUUCACUCUAGGGCUUCCCUCUGUAAUGUUAUGGCGACCGAUACAAUCGCACAAAACUCAUCAAUUUUUCAUCAAUUUGUUAAUAAGAACACAAUUAACUACAUCAACCUCUUUGCGUAACUGUAAUAAGAAAGUUCAACGCAUUUUCUUUGACGAAAUGUACCAGCAUAUUGACGCAAAAAAGCUCUCAUUUAGGUUAAAAGAGGAAGGCGUUCUUGUAGACCAAAAAGAGGGGAAACACUAUAAAAAGACAAAGUUCAAACAAACUUACGAAAGUUCUUUAUCGACGAUAAUUAUAAAGAACCAAUCAUUGUCCCUAAAAUAGUGAUGGUGGGUAUUUACACAGCAGGGAACCGAAAUUUGCUGACAGGAGGUAUUUACAAGUUAAAAAGAAGGAAAGAAACGAUUUCAGUUUUCAGUUUUUAAAGAGUUCAACCAAAGCUGAAAAGUUUUAAAUUUUCUCACGUAGAAAAAAAUUAACAUAUACUCAUAAGUAACGUUGAUGUGUAAUUCAUAAAUUCUCUGAACAUGGUAGAAAUUUAAUUAUAAUACGAAACAAAAGGAAAUCAUUCACUUAAAGCAAGUAAAGGUUUUAAUGCAAAAUAUGGGGUCCUAGCUUACGAAUUAUUUUUCAGUGUCACCGACGAGUUGUUGUAGCAAUGUGUGAAAAAUCGUCGGGAAUUAACCUUUGAACUGACAGACUUUAUAAUUAAUUUAUAAGGAGAGCAAUCCCUUUUGAACCCAACAACUAUUUCAUUCACAUUUUCCCUUCUGGUGUUAAAAUAGGACUCUUCCUCACUCUGAGUAAAUAAUUGACCCUGAAGAACGUCAAUUAGUUCAAAAGAAAGCUGGCGAGCAGUACAUUUAGAUUGCUCCGUUAUGAAAGUAAAUUGCAUUGCUUCUUUUUGGCGAGUCUUUGUUCAGAAUCCUUAAUCAACAGCAUUCAAAAUAAACCCUCUGAUCUGCAUAAGCUAGUUACUAAUUUGGAGGAGGUGAAAGUCUCCAAGCGUGAUCAUCCAAUCCAAGUCAACUAUGUUGAGCAUAUAUUCCCAUAUAAUACCGUUCAUUAUUGUACAAAGUUAUACAAAAUGUAGGGUAGUUGAAUGAGCUCCUUAAGUCAAUUCAAAUACAAUGAAAACUACAAGACAUUAUGUACUGUUAUUUCUCACAACUAUAUGAGACAGAAAAAGUCGUAUGUAGAGGAAAUGCUACUGUGUGGCAAUUAAGACGAUUCUGAAGAGUGGCAUCUUUAAAUGGUACCAUACAAGAUCGUUCACCAAAAAAGUAUCCUUCAAAAAGAAGCUGCGCGGACUAGGUAAUAGAGUAAACUACUUAUGAGACAUAAGAUGCCAGAACGGUGGGGGAAUGAAAAUGCUACAGAAUGACCGUACUGAGAACAUCCUUCGGUGAGCAGUUAAUCUGUACACCUAAUUUGCAUGGUAUUUGCUAAGUGAAAACUUUUUUGAAAAAAAAAAAAAACAUUUCAAACCAAAACUUUGAAAAAGACUAAAGGAUAUAUUUUGCUAACAUUUGACAAUAUACUGUCCGGUAACAUCAUUCUACAUUGCCUUUACCGAGGAGAGUGGAUAUAAUUUUCUGUUAUGACGAACACAUUUCUAGUUAAUUUGCAUAUCCAUACAAUACAACUGACUAUACCCCUUCCCACAGCUUAGCAAGCCAAUACGAUGACCUCGCUUAUCGUUAUUUCCACAAGUGCAGCUUUUCAACGAUAAAAAAAAACAUAAAGGCUAUAGUUUCAAGAGCUUUAUGUACCCAGUUUUUAUUGUAUUUCAAAACAUGGACUUUUCUCUCCUUUCUUGAAAGCUCUCAAUAAUCAACCAAGGCAAGGUAUUACAAAGCACUGUUCAAAAUUGAUUACGUUACUGGGCGAGUAAUUUCUGCGGAAAUGAUAAGUAAUUUUCUGUUCCAAAAUUGCUAUUCAUCACUGCAGCUGACAAAAUACAGCUUCCCUUGCUCAUUUAACAGUUCUUGUAGUUUAAGGACCACACCUAAGCAACGAACAGCAUGGAGAAACUUCUUAGAAUUAAUCGCGAAUUACCAUGGUACACAUGGAAGCAGCUGAGGAGCCCCAGAAAAUGUGGAAAAAACAAGAGUGCAAGAAAAGACAUCUAUUAUGGGAAACAGCACGUGUAAUAUAAUUUAAAGGGGAAAAUGGUCGAACUUCCUCGUAUUAGACAUUAAACUGUCAGACCUAGAUGACUCCCUUGGUCAAAAGGGUAAAUAUUACAAAGGGGUUAUUGUACAAAAUCCGUUGUACUAAACCUACGCCAUUCUGCGAAUAAAAACUAGGGUAAACUAUGUGACUGUUUUGCAUGCAGAAACCUUCCUGUUUAUUAAUUUUUGUCGCUAACUUCUUUUUUAUAACUCAUUGAUAUAACACUUGUCGCAUCACAAAAUUGCCUGGCUCAGCUCUAAAAACAAGCAGCCACUUGAACAAAGUCGCCUCAAGCACCUCGUCUAUACUCGAGAAAUAACACCAAACAAAAUCGAUCAGUCUAACUCAUCGAUAUGUGUGAAGUUAUAGUAAAUAUAUUCUGGAUGAAUAAAAAGAGACUACUUCAAAGAAACUGAGCGAUGAGUAAAGAUCCAUUUUUUAGAUUUAAUCCCUUACUCUACAGUUAGCUCUAAAUUGUAUUAAACUGUAUUCCCAGGAAACCCCAUAAGAAAAAGGUGUUACAAAACUCCAGUGGUUUGACAAGACGCAUAUAAACCCCUUGAAAACAUUUCCUACAGAAAGAUUGGCGACGAUAAGGUAACAGAAAGAGUGUAAGGUCGGGUGCAGAAGAUUAGGAAUGUUCGAACUUUUGUGCUGAAAAGACGUGCUUCCCAUGUUAUUUUCUCAAAGUUACGUGAGCAGAUUCUACAUCAUAAGUUGUUUGAUCAAACAUAAUAAACCCGAACCCUUAGACCCAAGCCUGUUUGUUUAAUAACUUGCUAAAACCUUCUCUGCAGAAUCUAUAUGCGACCCAACUGAGCAUCAGUAUGUUAGUUUGACAAUGCUACUUUAGCAGAUUCUACCUCAUAAGUUGUUUAAUCUAACAUAUGAAAUCCGAAAACUUAGACACGAGCCUGUUCGUUUAGUAACUUGCUAAAACUUUCUCUACAGAUUAUAUACGACGCAAUGGGUUGGUUUCUGAACUGCUGCGCUUAAAUGUAACCAAAACACUGUGUAACCAUUGCUGACUACAAAACAGUACUUUGAUGUGACAAAAAAACUGUGCCUUUUAAAACUUUUACCUUUUCACUCACAUUUAACUGCAUUUAGCUGUCAGUUACUAUAUUUCGCACAUAACGAUACUUUUCACUAACUUCAGUGUUUUAUAGUUAAGUCUAAGAAAAACACAAACUGUAUUUAUUCUUUCCAAAGAUGUCUCCCUGAUUUGAAUAAUUAUACCAUAGGAUUUGGUCAACAGAUAAAAAAAUUUAACACUUAGAGAUAGGCUUCCACAAUUGAUUCUAGAAUUAAAAAGCAAAAAUAAGGGGAGGACUUUGUUUUACACAAUACGGGAAAGGUUGUACAUUGGCAUGUACAUAUUGGUGAAAAUGUGAUAGAGUUGUAGGUUUAAGUUGAAGCCCAAGCCGCCUGCUUAAUCACAGAAAAGAAUUCCUCACAUGUGUGAGGCGUUGCCUCAUAUUGAAGAAUUGUGACAUAACCUUUUAGAUACAAAUAAAGGGGCUUGUUCUUUGCGAGAAGGACUAAAGCAAGGAGGCAAGCCACAUUUCUCUGUGGUGUUAUGGUUCCGAGCUAACUGUAGUGAUAGAUCCAUGUCCACUGAACGAAACCAACAUCACUUUAGAUGAGAACGUUGCUUUUGGGCAGUAAUUCAAAACGGUAGGUAUGUACCAACCCUUAAUAUUUUAUAGUACAAAAGCUAACUCGAAAGCAACCCCAAAAAAUGAUUAUUGAAAAAUAUCCUGUAAAAGGGGUGUUGCCGAUACUGAUUCAUACAGGAAUUACAAUAGCGUGUCCAAAUUUCCAUCAAUAUGCACAUGAGAAGAAAUUGUACUGAAAUAAAGGGGAGCAGAAGUCAGUUUGUACAACUCAGGCUGGCUGGACAAAAGCAACAAAUUAUCUAGAAACACAGGAAAUAAUAACACUCACAAGGGUUCCAAAACUAUGACGAGUUAAAUCCUAUAACACACAGUAACAGACUUAUCCGGGAAAGACUCUCGGUCAUCGCUGAAGGCAGGCCACAAUUUGCAUCUGUGACAGAGUUUAUUUUGAGUCAUACGACACCUCCCUUUUAUUCUUUUUUAAUUUGCUUCGCAAAGGAUGUGGCGAAACCUUGGCGGAAAUGAAAUUUAUGGUGUUCCAUGAAGUGUGAAAAAAAAUUGUCCUGAGAAAACAUUUGAAAAACAUUUUAAUAUAGAUUAAACAGCAAAGUGCUUCAGUUAAAGGACGACUCGCAAGACGUCUUUGACCAUUCAUUUAACCUAAUUAUUCUCUUUUGUUAAGAGACAACCUUUAUAUUGCCUGUUAAUGAGAUUUAACUACUUAAAUGCAUUUAAAUUGCGCUUUAUUGCUCACAUUUAUCUAAAACAACUAAAACAAUGCUGCAGUUUUGAUCCCAGCAUGUAAUAGGUUAAAGGGUAUCGUAAAACAGGGAACCAAAAAGGCAAUACUUGUACCAUUUAUCCCUAAAGUUGAUUACUUCUUUUACAUAAUGAAACUGAAAAGCACUCCUAGGAAUUGACAGUACAGAUUUCUUAUAUUAAAGGGAAUUUUAUUUCUUUUAUUUCGCGUCAAAGCAAUCUAAACAUACUGUCGUUUAUUACUUAUAGACAAAGAAAAAAAGCACAGAAAAGGUUAUUAUCAUUAUUAAACAGGAAAACAUUUUUCAUAUAUGCAGAAAAUUGCAGGCAGAUGGAAGUGCUUGUGUUUUCGCAGGUGUCCGAAUGAAAGAUUCGCGUUGAUAACUAUGUUAAUUGCUCAGGGUGCGGGGCAGAAUCUUGGUCACGCUUACAAACCUUGUCUUUUCCCAAAGGAAAUAUUACAAGACUACUUUUCCUAUUUGAAAAAAACGUUGGUUGUACAUUAUAAUCGCGAAAAUCAAAAGAGAACUUGAUAUUCUGCAGCGUGAGUUCGAGUCCUAGAACGCACCUAAAUUGCACUAUAGGUCGCAAAAAGGUUUCAUGUCACAAAACUACGAGCGGGUCACUUUUUCUUAUACUUUGACCGCAAUAAAUUUUCCAAUCGCAUCACAGUUAAAGAUCGCGUAAAUAAGGUGUAUACAGAUCUCCAUUUAUAGGAUAUUCUUAUGUGCUCUUCAGUAUGGCGAUGAGCAUUUUGCUGAAAGAAGUUCGUGAGUAUGUUAAAAAAUUAUUUAGAACUUCUUAAAUAUGUUGAAGAGAAAAUUAAAAUCUUUGACCCUUAAAUUAAAUCGAAGAUGAUAUUUUUAAAUGAAUUGGCUUUGGUAACAAUCUGGCUUUAGUUUAGCUUAUAGUUUCAAAAGCUCUUUAAAAGAAUGGUGAUUCAUUUUCCUUACCCAAAUUCAAGAGGCGUGAUAGCAAUUCAAAUUUAGUGAGCGCAAGUUUAUCGCAAGGGAAAACUACAAAUCCAACAUUGUCGCCUUUAUGUUUCCGAGGACACUUCAUAGACACUCUGAAACGAAAUUUAAUUGGUGAUUCGUUUGUUUUAAUUGUUCUCUGGGCCUUUAGAUUAUUGUUCGCUUUAUAAUGCAAUUACUUUCAGAAUAAUUUCCUUCCUCCUUCGAAUGAGCAGUUUAGCAAUACAUCAACACGUAUUUUUUCAAUUUGCUAACACAAAAUUGUCUUUUUCUUCUAGCAGUUUGUAAUUUCAGUCUUUCUUUUAUGCAAAAAAUGGACAAAAAACCAAGUGCAAAGAUACAUGUGUUUUUAAUGCUGCAAAAUUUUCUUAGAGAAUCUUCUUCUUUAACCCUGCUCAUUUGCUCAAUUGCAACAUUUCGCUUCAAAAAAGUUGUUUCUUGUACUUUAUUUUCCACGUCUUCAGGGCAACUCCAGUUCCCUAACUACUACGUCACACAUAGCCUGAAGCUAUUAGAGACCUUUAGAUUUGAGGACGAGAACGACUACGAGUACGAGAUUUGAUUUAAAUAAUUUUCGCGCAUUGUCAAAAAAUAGACACCCAGGAAUUCUUCAUUGCACUUUUUUUUUUUUUCACCAGAAAAGUCAGCACCGUUAUCGUGAUUGAAGGAGGUUAAGACCUCUCCCGAUUGCAAAAUGCUAAAAAUACUAACAUUUGAUAACUUUUUCCCGCCACUACGACACUCUCGCUAAAACUCAUAGUAGAAUGACGACGGCUACCACCUUUUCCCACCAAAAUGACGUUGCCUCACGCGCGAGCACUACUUACUAUUGAGAAUAUCUCGUACUGGUAGUCGUUUUCGUCUUAGAGUCUAAAGGUCUCUAAUUAAAGUCAAAUGUCAACAAAUAAUAGGUAAAUUCACAGACACCCCCAGCGGGUAAAGCUUCAACAUAAGAGCACUACUAUUGAAGAAAUAUAAAUUGAAGUAUUUUUCUUUCUCAUUGGAUUAGGCGUUCACCAGACAAGAAAGAGCUUAGUUUCUUGGAUAUGAAAACCAGGGAGGCUGAAUAUGCCAAACCGCAAACAAACCAGGAACUGCAGAGGUGAAGACCACCUUCCUAAGCCUUUCCGAUUGUAUAGUAGUGUCUUAUUAUCCCCACGGUAGCGAAAUUUUUGUCUUCAAAAGCAAGUCUCACAUUGAGGCUUACUCUCAAAAUUGUAAAAUUUCUGUAACGUGACAAAGAACAAUUACAAAAAGCAUCAUACCACUUUACCCAUAGGAACAAUACUACAAUGGUUACACUCAACGAAAAAGGACUGAACACGUAAUGACGGCGUUCAAUUGACCAUAUUCUAUAAAAUCGGAAACACGCAACAUAAAGGUGGUUUAUCAUUUACAGAACCUUUCCAAACAUUCUGGUCAGAGAAAAAAUGGGACCAGACCUUUUCGGCCGAUCCAGUGGAAAAUAUCUAACACGAAGCAAGUGAACAUCUUCCUGUUUUUCUGUUGGGAAGGUUCCCAACCUGUAGACUGCGUAGUUAGCAGUUCUUAGCUGACUGGCCAGAGGAAAAAAAAGGUGGCAAAACGCCGGCGAAUCGCCCCUUUUUCCUCGCGGCUUCGCCACGACAAACAAAACCACUGUUUCUUGAAAACAUCUUUGAUACCAGUUUUAGGCUUUUGCAGCCGUUUUCCAGCAAAUGGAGCUAACUUAUGCAGGUGGUAAACGCGAUUCCCGAACGGAAUUUGCCAGUUUAGCAUCCUGUUUAUACCAUUUACAGGAACUGAGAACUGACUGGUUUCCCCUUAAAAUGAUAAACAACCCAAAAGAAGAUAACUUAAGUUUAGCAGCUAUUUCAAAUUACCAAGCUGUACUCGAAAAAUCCAAGAUAUUUAAGGUUAAUAGCAACAUUUAAAUUCUCCUCAUGAUAAUCGAUGCUACGAUGAGAUGAUGAGUAUGAUCAUGGCAAAUAAAGAAUCCGAGUUCCUGACCAGAUCUUUACCCCAUCCCCUCCAAACCUCCCGAUGAUCAUAAUGAUUGCAAAGAUCACCCAUCACAAGAAUCUUCAUUUUUGAAGGAGGUGGGGUUUCUCGAAAGAAGAAGAAGAAGAAGAAGAAGAAGAAGAAGAAGAAGAAGAAGAAGAAGAAGAAGAAGAAGAAGAAGAAGAAGAAGAAGAAGAAGAAGAAGAAGAAGAAGAAGAAGAAGAAGAAGAAGAAGAAGAAGAAGAAGAAGAAGAAGAAGAAGAAGAAGAAGAAGAAGAAGAAGAAGAAGAAGAAGAAGAAGAAAAAGAAAAAGACGACGACGAUGAUGUUCUUCAGUAA